AGGGAGUGUCGACAAAUCACAGACCAUUUGAAGUGCAUGGAAAGGGAGACGCGAGAGAAAAAGGUGCGGUCGAUUCUGACGAGUUCACUCGGUAUUCGUACUCCGCGGACUUCGUUUCGUUUGGUCAUUAACAGCAAGCAUCAUUGCUUGUAUUUCUUUCUUUCUGACCAGGUAAGAAGUCAUUAAAAUGCAGUCUGCGAUCCUAGCCGUGGGCGCUUUAGCAUGUCUCCUAGUCGGAGUUUCAGCACAACUCGAUGGAUGUGACUCUGACCCGUGCGCCAGGGGAGUCUGUACACCUUCCCCAGACCAAUACAUAUGCGAGUGUCCGGACAGUGGAAAUCCCCCGUAUUACUACGGAGUCGACUGCGAAGUCGGUAGUUUUUUGACUCUUUGUCCCGGGGGACACGUCUUCGAGAACAACGUAACGCGGUCUUACGAUCAAAUUCCCCACAGCACAAACUGUUUCACCUUAAUUGGCAUCCCGAACGCUGCGUACAUCGAGAUACAAUUCUCAAAGUUUGCCAUCGAAGCGAAUAAGGACGAACUUGCGAUUGGGCCCGGUGUAACUGUGAAUCCAGCGCUCAGCACCACCCUCACCUUUGAUAACAACACUCAACCGUUGAAUGGCGUCGUAAACAUCACGGGAUCAAGGGCAUGGGUUAAUGUCUUUACCGACCCAAGUAUUACGAGCGGCGGCUACACUUACAGAGUGUGGGCAGAAACGUACGACUGCAUCCCCGAUCCAUGCCUGAAUGGCGCUACAUGUGUGGAUCUGAUGAACGAUUUCGAAUGCAUCUGUCCAUCUGGAUAUACUGGCAAGAUAUGUGAUAUCGAGCUUGACUUCUGCGGCAGCAACCCAUGUUUGAACGGUGGCACAUGUACUGCUGACAGCUUUGGAUACGUAUGCGCUUGUGUCGCCGGAUGGACGGGAGUAAGAUGUGAAACAAAUAUCAACGAGUGUGCCAGUGAUCCGUGUCAGAAUGGAGCGACCUGUUUGGAUGGUAUAAACGAGUGGGCAUGUUCGUGUGCAGCUCAGUAUACUGGAGAAAGAUGCGAGACUUCUCUGAACGCAUGCGCAACUGCACCAUGUUACAACGGAGCAACUUGUGUCAACUCUGGUUUGGACUACAUUUGUGAAUGUGUCCCAGGUUUCAUUGGAAAAAAUUGCCAAGAAGAUAUCAACGAGUGUGCUAGUCUUCCUUGUCAGAAUGGAGCUACUUGUCUAAAUGAAGUCAACCGGUAUACCUGCCAGUGUAGACAAGGUUUCACUGGAAUUAACUGUGAAGAAGUCGGUUACUGCGAUUUGGAGGGGCAAUGGUACAAUGAAUGCAAUGAUCGUAUCACCAUCAGUCUUACUUCAACUGGGAUGAUACUUGGUCAUUACUCUAACAACAUCGGACUACUUACCGGCUAUGUAGCCCCGAACGUGAUGGUGGGCUAUGCCAACCAGAACUGCGACUUUCCUUCUUUCGGGUUCGUUGUGUCAACUGACAAUGGAAAGUCUACCACCAGCUGGUCUGGACAGUGCCACCUAUGCGGAGGGGAAGAAGUUCUCUACCUUACCUGGACCAAUACCAUGAGGGUCAGCACCUGUAUGGACAUCAAGACUGCUACACAUAUCGGACAGGACCGAUGGACCCGCUACAGACAGAGCCAGGCUCCUCGUGAAAACAAUGAAAUUGAAGAUUGACUUGAUGUCAGGAAUGAAUAAAUGAAGGAAGGGAAUAUUGUCAGCACGGGGGGGGGGUUCAAGGGCGUCUACCUUAGUUUUUUAACUACUAAGAAAUAGACCCCGAAUAUUGUUUAGUCAUACUGGAUUUGUUCAGAUAAAACCUGACCAGAUUCGUAUAGAAUGAACACUAGUCGCACAAAAUAUCUAGUGCGUUUCACAGAUCGGCCAAUAACACUGAAUUAAUUAAUAUGUUAAGGAUCUAGAUGAAAGAUUCGGUUCGUUUUAGAGUGUUGACUUUAUGCAUACAGAAGAUCUAAACAUGGAAAUAUUUGUUCUUCCAUCUGUGUGUAUUUAACAUAAUGUCUUUUGUAAAUAGAGAUUUGUAGGUUGUGGUUAUUAAGCUAACAUUCAUUCGUCCAUUCAUUUAUUCAUUUCAUUCAUUCAUUCGUUCAUUUCGUUCAUUCAUUCAUUCAAUAAGAGUAACGAGUUACAACUAUAAGAGCAAAUGUUUUACUGUGUACGUUUUAUUCUACCCAGAGUCGAUCAUAUUUGUACUCUACGUGCCCUAUUAAAUUUUGUAAAAAAAACAAAAAAUGCACAAAAUUGGAACUUAGGCAUUUUAGUGUUAAAAGAAAACGGUUCCGGGAUUUUUCUCAAACAAAACAAUUUUACUUGUAUGCUUAUAUUGUUACAGCUGCAUAUCCAGUCCCAAUAUUCUAAGCUAGUCAAUACUGGAGUAAAAUUCUUGUUCUUUUUGUUAUUAUUAAAAUUAUCAUAUAUUCCCUUUCUUCAAAUAGUGUACUGUCUACUUGUAAAUAGUUUUUUUGGGGGGACGGGGAUUACAAACAAAAAUCAAUAUUAGUUUACAUGUUUUUACUUUAUGCACGUCACAGUGCUGAAUAUUUUACUCUUAAAGUUCAUCUUUAUCAUGUUUAUCAUGUUGAUGCAUUUUGCCAUAAUAAUGAUUAUGGGAAGACGAUUUAUCCACUGGCGGAUACAGGGGGGGGGGGGCAAAGCCGGCCCGUACCCCCUUUUAAGAGUCAAAAUUAAAAUUCGUAAUGAAAGAAAUGCCGUUAAAACAGAAGUGUGCCUCCCCCCCGAAAGUGAAGAACAUUUGGGGAGUUCAAUCUCAGACCUACGGAGGAUUUAAUAACAGAGUAAAUGUAUAGCAAUAUCCAUCACAUGACAAAGAACGGCUGGGAGUUCUAUGUCGAAAAUUGGUGAACUCUAUCACCAGUUUCAUCCUAAGUUUCAGAGCUGACGAUAAAUUGCAUAUACGUCUUUUGUUUUUAAUCACUUGUUUAUAAGGAGAAAUGUGUCAUCUUGUAUUUCGGGUCUAAAUUAUACCGACAAGUUUCACUUAAAAAAAAAAUAUACAGUACUAUUUGUGAAUCUUUGGUGGAAAGAAUCAAUAAGCAGUCUUUCAAUGGAAAUAAAGAUAUUUUGUUCUUUCUUGAAAUUUGAA